GCCCCGGCCGGGCCUCCCCACGCCCCGGCGCGGCGGGCGGAGCGCGGCGGAGAUGAGCACGGACGGUAACGGGGGCGGCGAUGGGCACGGACGACUUGAUCGAGACGUUCAGGGCGCAGCUGAGGGACGACCCCGAUGUCGCCUCGGCCGUGGCCGCCAUCCGAGCGCUGCUGGGAUUCCUCAAGCAGGACCGAGGAGAGACCAUCCAGGGCCUGCGGAACAGCCUGCGGGACGCCAUCGACACCCUGUCGCGGGUGGACUCCUCGGUGGCCGUGUCCUCUGGCGGGGAGCUCUUCCUGCGCUUCAUCAGCCUCACCUCGCUGGAGUACUCGGACUACUCCAAGUGCAAAGAAAUCAUGAUCGAGCGCGGGGAGAUCUUCCUGACCAAAGUGUCUCUGUCGAGGAAUAAAAUCGCCAAGCUGUGUCACCCGUUCAUCAGAGACGGUGCUCGAAUACUGACACAUGCCUACUCCAGGGUGGUCCUCAGGGUGCUGGAAGCAGCCGUGGAGGCCAAGAAGCGAUUCAGUGUUUAUGUUACUGAGUCACAGCCAGAUGAAGCAGGGCAAAAAAUGGCAAAAGCCCUGAGGAAGCUGAACAUUCCCGUGACUGUGAUUCUGGAUGCUGCAGUUGGCUACAUUAUGGAGAAAGUGGACCUGGUGUUAGUUGGUGCUGAAGGUGUAGUUGAAAGUGGAGGCAUUAUCAACAAGAUUGGCACCAAUCAAAUUGCUGUGUGUGCCAAAGCCCAAAAUAAGCCAUUUUAUGUGGUAGCAGAAAGUUUCAAGUUUGUCAGACUCUUCCCUCUCAAUCAGCAGGACGUCCCAGACAGGUUUAAGUACAAAGCAGACACUCUGAAAACAAGUCAGGACCUAAAAGAGGAGCACCCCUGGAUUGACUACACCUCCCCAUCUCUGAUCACCCUGCUCUUCACAGACCUCGGUGUGCUGACUCCUUCAGCUGUCAGUGAUGAACUCAUUAAACUCUACCUGUAACCCAGAGACACAGAGGCACAGAUGUGUCACCUCCAGGGACUGCCAGGCUUCUGAGAACUUGGAGGAUACAUGAACAUGGCAAGGAAAUGCCAUUAGAAGGAUUAACAUAAUUAUGGACCACUGUUGAAAAAGUUCCCAAAGUUAUUACAGCUCCUAAAGGCCACAACUAAAUUAUUUUAAAGAGGGAUGGAUUAUUUUGAUACUUUAAAUAAAAUCCCUUAUGGUGUAUCCAGACUCACUCUGAGGUUUGCUGGUACUGAUCUGUGGUUUGUACUUGAAAACACCAAAAUGAAAACAUCACAAGGCUGCUGAUGGAACCCUGCAGCUCCUGCCACAGCAGAGUGGUGCUUUUAACUUUGUUCUCAACAACUGCAGGCUCUGUGUCCUUAGGGAUGCCAGGUCUCUGUGAAGAAAUUAGAUCAGCUUUGUUCUCUUUUUAUAGAGGUAUUUUGUUCUCUAUUUUUUAUAGAAAUCCGGUUUUAUUGAAAUAAGCAGUGUUUUAAUGUAAAAAUGUGGUUAGAGUGACUGUCAGCCUUCAGAAUCUAUGUCCUCAACAGUUUCUGCUUUGAGCCUGUGGUUGCCUGUUAGUUUCUUCUCAAACUCUUCUUCACUAAUUUUUCCCCUUUUUAAUCUUUUCAAGAGUCUUGUGUCAUUCAGCAGCUCCUCCAUAUCCUCAUCUUCAAUAUCAGAGCCCUGUUGGAAGUUGAGAACAGCAAAUUAAACACAACACCAAAAGGUUUUCAUUGUACACAGCUGAACACAAGAGAGGAUUACAAGUCAGAGUUUGCCAGAAAUAUCCAAGCAGAAAAUAAUAAAUUCAAUUGACAAAAGCACCCUCAGGCCAUAUUUCUGCACUUCUGAGAAAUAAAAAUCCUAUUACUGACCACCA